AUGGCUAUUCCAUCCCUUUUAAGUUGUAAAAGCAAUAACAGUUCUAAUGACGACAAGAUAGAGGAAUGCACAAAUAAUGUGUACGAAUUAAAGAAUGAAUAUAUAUUUGUUUAUCGAUGUAAUAUAUGUUUAUUAUUAUUUACAUGUGUGUAUACUUUUGCAGAACAUAUUAUUUCGGAAAACCAUAGAGUUAAGCAAUUAGAUGCUUUAAAAAAAGAUAAAUAUUUCAACUGUUUGAGGUGUAAAUAUAUUUGUUUGAGUGUUGUUAAAAUGAUUAAACAUAUUGAAUUAUAUAAUCAUGGACAUAAUAUUUUGAAGAAAAUAAAAAAAAAAAUUCUGUACACUGGAAAGGCUAGUUGUGCAUGUAAAAUGAAAUGUUAUUUUUUUUAUUCUCAAAAUAAAAAUUUAACAAACAUAGAGAAGUGUACGUUAUAUAAUGAUAAUAAUAUAGAGGGAUAUGGACUAAAUGUUGAAGACAGAUAUGUUAUCCAUGAUAUAAAUGUAGAACAUAGAGUGAAUAAUAUGAACAAUGAAAAGAAAGAAACAAAAAAGAAAUACAAUAAUAAAAUGUAUAAUGAUGAUGAUGAAAAUGAUGAUAAUGAUGAUAAUGAUGAUAAUGAUGAUAAUGAUGAUUAUGAUAAUGCUUUUUUGACUUAUCAAACCAAUAAUGAUUAUGCUAACAAUGUUAAUAAUAAUAAUAAUAAUAAUAAUGGUAAUAAUAAUAAUUAUUAUAAUAAUAGUAAUUGUAAAAUACAAGAAUUUAUUAUGCCACUAGAUAAUAAUGAUAGCACAUUACAAAAUAAAUAUUUAUCUUUAAAUAAUAUACAAAAUAAAGAAUGCAUUAAAAAAUAUUCCUUACCAAUAAUCAUGGGGGGAAGUCAUGUAGCUACCAACAGUUAUAUGAAUUUCCAACAUCAUAAGAAUGAUCAUCAAGAAUAUAAUUCAUAUCCACAUAAUAUAGAUAAAGAACAAAUGGAUAUAAAUUAUUCAUAUCAUAGUGUAGAAAAAAUAAAUAAUAUUCAUACCAACGUUCUACUGAAACUUGAAGAAACAACUAAAAAUGAAACACACAAAGAAUAUAUGAACAAUAUUCUUUAUGAUCAGAAUAAAAAUGAAAAAAGAAAUUUAUUAAUACAUAUGUAUGAAAAUAAUUACAAUUUCGAUGAUAAUAUAAUAUCAAAUAAUAAUAAAUCAUACAUAGAAAAAGAUUUUUUAUCUAAUGAUGAAAAAAGAAUUAACUCUAUACAAUAUGGAAUAGAUCAUUUUGAUUUUAAUAUGAAUAAAAGAAAUACAUAUCCUACAGAUGUAGCUAGCCAUUCAUUAAUAAAAAAUUUAAUUCCGAAUAUUAACAAUUCAUAUUCAUCUAAUAUAAAUAACAAAAUGAAUGAGGUUCAAAUGGAUCAUAAUAUAAAUAAUCUUCAUAAUAAUAAGAAUAAAUAUACAAGCUGUAAUUUUGUACUACCUGGGGAAACAAACGAUGAAAAAAAUAAAGAAGAACAAAACAGAUCAUACAAUUUAAACAAGAGGGAUUAUAUAUUUCAUAAUUUAAUACAUGAAGAGAAUACUAUAAAUAAUACAAAUAAUACAAAUAAUAUAAAUAAUAUAAAUAAUAUAAAUAAUAUAAAUAAUAUAAAUAAUAUAAAUAAUACAAAUAAUACAAAUAAUACAAAUAAUACAAAUAAUAUAAAUAAUACAAAUAAUAUAAAUAAUAUAAAUUAUAUAAAUAAUACAAAUCAUCAAUUUCAAAAUAACAAACGUGAAGACAAUUCCCUGUGCCUUUAUAAUGAUGAUAUUGAAAAAAAUUCGUUUUAUCAAAAUAGACAUAUAUAUUUUGAUGCAAUUUUUAAUUCAUAUUUUCUUAAAGAUAUUCUACAGAAUGGGAAAGAUAAAGGCGAUAAUUAUAUUGAUGUUGAAAAUUAUGAAAUGAAAAAUGAGGACGAAGAAAUAAAACAAUUUAUACCGGUAAAUUUAAAUCCAUGUUUUUAUCCGAAUGAGCCUAAUAUAUUAUUGAAAUUACCACACGAAGAGAAAAAAAUUGCUGAAGAGAUGGUUGGUUAUGUGAACAAAAAUGUUGAUAAUGUAAAUGAUGAAAAUGAUGAAAAUGAUGAAAAUGAUGAAAAUGAUGAAAAUGAUGAAAAUGAUGAAAAUGAUGUAAAUGAUGAAAAUGAUGAAAAUAAUAAUGAUGGUAAUUAUAAUAAUAAUAUAAUUUUAAAUGAACAACCAUGUUAUAAUAAUAUAGAACGAGAAAUACUCAUGAACAUGAAUAAAUCGUUUUUCAAAGGUUUAAAUAAAAAUACAAAAGAAGACAUACAAAAUUUACAUGGAAAAAAAUGUUCUGACAAUAUGUGUGAAGAAACAAAUAAAGAAGAGGAUAUAGUAGAAAAUAUGUAUAUGAAAAAUAUAUAUAAUAAUAUAUUAAAUAGUAACAAUGACGAGAAUAAUAUUCAAGAUAAAUCUAAUAAUACGAGUAUAUGUGAUAUAAAUAAAAAUGAAUCUUUGUCAUCUUUACAUAAUAUAAAAAAUGAGAGCGAAAAUAAUAAAUACAAUAAAAUGAAUGAAACUAAUAAUGAUUAUUACUUGAAUAAAAUAGGACACGACGUAAAUAAUUUUUUAAAUAUAUUAUUUGAUAAAAAAAAUGAAAUGAUGAAUAAUAAAAACAGUGUGGUAAAUAGUAUGUAUACGUCAGACAAUAAAUUGGAUAUAACACAUAAUAAUAUAAACAACAACAAUAAUAAUAAUAAUAAUAAUAAAAACAACAACAACAAUAAUAAUAAUGAUAAAAACAACAAUAAUAACAACAACAAUAAUAAUAAUAAUAAUAAUAAUAAUAAUAGUAAUCUUUUUUGUAAUUAUGAUAUUCAGUAUGCAUCCAUUUAUGAUAACUCGCAUUUAUCCAAUGAAAAAAAUAACUUAUCUUAUGAUUUAAAUCUAUCUUCUUUACCAAGCAGUAACAUGAAUAAAAAUUUAAUAUAUUAUGGAAAAAAUAGUAACCUUCUUAAUAAUAAUACAAACCAUACAAAUAUACAAGAAGAUAUAAAUCAUAACGAUGUAGAAGGAAAAAAAGAAAAACAUUCAUUCAAUUUAUUACCACAUAACAUUUGUCAUAUUGAUAAAAAGGUAGAUGAAAAUAAUGGACAUAUAAUAUCACAUGAACAAAGUUAUAAUAUGAUUUCUCAAAAAAAUGUUUAUAACAAUUUAUAUCAUGUGAAUACAAAUAAUGAGAAACAAAAAAAAGUAAUAAUAAAUGAUCAAGGUGAUAAUACAAAUAUUUAUACCUCUAAUGAAUAUACAGAGGCAAAUAAAAAGAGAAUAUUAUUCGUUAAAGAAAUAAAUGAAAUAAAAAAAAUAAUCCAAAAAGAAACUAUGAACAGCAAUGCAAAUAAUAUAUAUUUCAACAAUAAUAAUAAUAUUAAUAAUAUUAAUAAUAAUAAUAUUAAUAAUAAUAAUGUUUAUAAUAGUCAUGUUGAAAAUAUUAUAAAUAUGAAACCAUUAAUAUAUUAUGGUAAGGAAAAAAUCUUACAUAAAGGAAAAUUUAAAAAAUAUUAUACUACUCCUCCUAUUCCUGAUAAUAAUAAUUUAUAUGAAAUUAGGAUGGUACAAAAAAGUAAUACAGAUACUUAUGCAGAUAAUAUAAAAUAA